ACAUGAAACAGCGACAAAUUGGACUUUUUCUUUGGAGAGCAGAGGAAACGCUGCAAAUCAGAAAUCUGUUCAGCAACAGUGAGGUAAAAAAAAAUGGCAUCAAUUCUUCGCCAAAUAAUUUACACACCGAAAGCUCCUGUAAGACAGGGGAUUUACAGCCAGGCGGUGGUGGUGAAUGGGACCAUGUACAUCUCUGGUCAGCUGGGGAUGGACGUGGCCUCUGGUCAACUGGUGGACGGAGGAGUGCAGGCACAGGCCAGACAGGCUCUGGUCAAUAUGGGGGAAAUCCUUAAAGCUGCUGGCUGUGACUAUAACAACGUGGUGAAGACCACCGUGCUGCUCAAAGACAUAAACGACUUCACCAGCGUCAACGACGUCUACAAGACAUUUUUCAGCAGCAACUUUCCUGCCAGAGCUGCCUACCAGGUCGCUGCUCUCCCCAGAGGCGGGCUGGUGGAGAUCGAGGCGGUCGCUGUUCUCGGUCCGCUCUCCGACUCCUGACUAGCCGAGCUCAUCCCAAACAAGUUGUAGCGUAACACCAUCAUGUCGUUGUUCUCAGUCCUGCGAAGGCGUCGUUGCGUUUCUGACCGGCUGCACUUCUGAACAAGACGUAGAGACUCGUAUGAUUUAAACCUUCAACGCAGCAUUUGUGAUUAUACAUAUUGUUUAAAACUG